AUGAGUUCGUUUGAUAGUGAUAUUCUUGAAACUAUAAACAAAAGGCAAAAAGAAUUAGACACAUUGUUAAAGUCAAUGAAAAAGUCUGAAAAGGAUUCACGGGAAAAGGAGUUAGAGUUACGGGAUGAAAUUACAGAUGAAAACUGCGAGCAGAAAGUUCUUAACUUUAUUGAAAAGGAGAUGAAAAUAUUUGACGCCAAAGAAAAUAUAAAACUACAUCGAGCUCAUAGACUUGGCGUGUACAGAAGCACCAAAGUUCGCCCAAUUGUUGCUAAAUUUGCAUAUUUUCCGGACCGAGAAAGGGUUAGAGCUUCCGCAAAAACCUUAUCAGGUACGCACUUUGUUGUCGCAGAGCAAUUUCCUAGGGAGAUUAUGGAAACAAGGCGAAAACUGGUACCAAUCAUGAAAAAGGCCCAUGAUGAAGGAAAAGAGGCGUAUAUUAAAGUAGAUAAAUUGUACAUUAAUAAGCAGCUAUACCGUGGACAUGAUUAG